ACACGUUUCUUGGCAGACGUUCCGUUUUUGCCGAGUUUAAACAAACGCAGGACACAUAAAAGCGAGCGCGCCUGUAGGUCAGCCUCCUCCAACAGGCGAGUCAUGGCCAAAGCACUGUUUGUGACCGCGUUGGCCCUGCUGCUGCACGCGCAGCUCGGCUCGUCCUUCAUACUGUCAUGCUACUUCACCAACUGGGCUCAGUACAGACCGCCUCCCACCAUUUACAUGCCCAAUGACAUCGACCCGUGUCUCUGCACCCAUCUCCUCUACGCCUUUGCCACCAUUAAAAACAACCAACUGGCCACCUACGAAUGGGACGAUGUGUCGCUUUACAGCCAGUUCAAUGGCCUGAAGAACAAGAACGGCAACCUGAAGACCCUUCUGUCGGUCGGAGGCUGGAACUUUGGCUCCGCAGGUUUUUCACAGAUGGUGUCAAGCCCUGCCAACCGUCAGACCUUCAUCAACUCUGUCAUUUCAUUCCUGAGACUGUACGAGUUUGAUGGGCUGGAUAUUGACUGGGAGUACCCGGCCAACAGAGGAAGUCCUCCAGAGGAUCAAGAGAACUAUUCUGUUUUACUGGAGGAAAUGAGAGCUGCCUUUGAGACUGAGGCCCAGAAGAGCAGCAAGGCUCGUCUUCUGAUGUCUGCUGCUGUGUCGGCUGGAAAGGGCACCAUUGAUUCAGCUUAUCAGAUUCCCAAACUUGGCCAGUCUCUGGACAUGAUCAACGUCAUGACUUACGAUUUUCAUGGAUCAUGGGACACCAUGACCGGCGAAUGUAGCCCCCUGUUUAGAGGCCCGGAGGACCAGGGCAGCCUCAUCUACUUCAAUGUGGACUAUGCCAUGAACUACUGGAAGAGCCAAGGAGCACCAGCUGAGAAGCUGAUUGUUGGCUUCCCCACGUAUGGAAACACCUUCACUCUCAGCAACCCGGCUAAUCAUGGUGUUGGAGCUCCCAUUUCUGGCGCUGGAACCCCAGGGAAGUACACUCAAGAGGCUGGAGAGCUGGCCUAUUUCGAGAUCUGUGGCUUCUUACAAAAUGGAGGUACUGAGGUUUGGAACCAGGCCCAGGAUGUGCCCUAUGCUUACAACGGAAACCAGUGGGUGGGCUACGACAACAUCAAGAGCUUCCAGAUAAAGGCAAACUGGCUGGUGAACAGUAAGUUUGGAGGAGCCAUGGUGUGGACCAUCGAUAUGGACGACUACCUGGGCACAUUCUGUAACCAGGGAAAAUACCCACUGAUUAAUGUUCUCAAGAAGAGCCUCAAUCUUGAACAAGCAGAAUGUGCUCCUCCUGCUACUCCCCUUCCUCCGAUCCCCGGGGUGAGCACCACCGCUAGCGUGGUCACUGCAGGAGGCUCAGGCUCAGGCUCAGGCUCAGCCUCAGGCUCCAGCAGCGUCAACAGCAGCUUCUGCGUUGGAAAAGCCAAUGGAAUGUACCCAAACCCAACCAACAAAAACCAGUUCUACCAGUGCAGUUCAGGCAAGGCCUACCUUGAAAGCUGUGCCUCUGGCCUGGUCUUCGACACCUCAUGCUCCUGCUGCAACUGGGCCUAAAGCUGAUGACCAGUUAGUCGGCUGCAUUGUACAUUAGUUCUUAGAGGCUUUUGCUUCACAAAUAUAACAGAUGUUAAACAAUGUAGGAAGGGAAAACCUUAGAAAUAAAUGAUUGAGCUGAUGAA